CUCCGAAGCUAUACGAGCCAAAUCUUCCCACAGAUCUAUGUACUACGAAUCACGAAUCACGAACCGAUUUAUAAUUUCUGAAACACUACUCAGUCAAUUUCAUUACUAUCCAGCAGCCUUGAACUGAACAAAACAAAAUGGGAACCUGCAUGUCGUUAAUGGGUAACCGACGUCGGCGGGGCGGCGGAAUGAUGGGUGGUGGUGGCAUGGGCAUGGGCGGUCCUCCGCCACCGGCUGGAGGAGGAUUUGGGGGUGGUGGGAUGCAAAUGGGUGGCGGAGGCCGUCAUCAUCAUCAUGGCGGAGGGGGUGGCUUUGGAGGACCCGGAGGACCGGGCGCAUUCGGUGGCCACCACCAUGGAGGCGGUGGUGGUCUUGGUGGUCAUCAUGGUGGUGGUGGGUUUGGAGGGCAUGGAGGCCAUGGAGGCUAUGGAGGCCGUAGGGGCGGCGGAUUCCGAGGGGGCCCCGGUGGUGGUAGGUGGUAAGGGCUGAAUUGAGGUUCGAUAUUGGGUGAGUGCUUGUCUGGUGUUAGUUACGAGAGUAAUUGGUUGAUGUACUGAUGAGAAUCAAUGGGGUUAGGUGAUACUCUAUGUUGAUAUGGUUAAUGAUGGUGGGGCGGGAUUUAUGAG